AUUUCGCCAUCUGAAACACAUUAUACACAAUCAAUCUCUAAUUCACUCCGACUAUUUUCUGCUUAUCUCACAGAUUCAUUCAAUAUCAAAAUAAACACGGUCAUAACAACACAAUCUACGGUCAGUGAUCAACACACACACACACACGCACACACGUAUAUCAUACAGUUAAUUGUCAGUGAGAUAACCGAACACGAUAGAGAGAGACAAUUUGCAUUGAUAAAUAAUUCUGGCAGUAACAAUUCAAUCGACACGCAGUUAUCGAAAAGCCUGUCGUAGAAGAAAUAUGACUUCAUGUGCAGAGAAAUAUGCCAACAAACAGCAUAUUAUCGCUGAUCGUCUACGAUUGACUUCAAGUCCAUUGGUGCGUGCAUGUUUAGGCGAAUUCAUGGGUUCAGUCAUUUUGAUGAUCUUCGGUAGUGGUGUGCUAGCACAAGUGAUCCUGGGUGAUCAUGGCAAACAUGCUCAUGGAACAUUCAUUUCAAUCAGUAUGGGAUGGGGUUUCGCAGUGUACAUGGCAGUAAUGUUCUCAGGACAGUGUGGUUCUGGACACUGUAAUCCAGCCGUAACUCUGGCAGCUGCAGUCGUCGGUAAACUGCCAUUCCGUCGAAUACCGUUUUAUACAUUCUUUCAAAUACUCGGUGCUUUCCUCGGUUCAUUGGUUGUCUUCGCCUUAUAUCGUGAAAAAUCACUGAAUAUGCCAAAUUGCAUGAUAAUGGGAAGUUGUUGGUGAAUUCUACAGGUGGUAUAUUCGUCACUAAUCCAUCGGCAUCUCACCUCACAUGCUUUCUCGAUCAAAUUCUCGGCACUGCAUUGUUGACAGCAGGAGCGUUCGCCAUCACCGAUCCAAAUGGAUGGAAACUUCCUGACUACUUACACCCACUACAUUUGGCGUUUAUGGUCUACGCUAUUGUUGGUUGUUUCGCAUUGAAUGCUGGAGCUGCUCUAAAUCCAGCUCGUGAUUUGGGACCCAGACUCAUGAUAUUUAUAUUCGGUUGGGGUAACCAAGCAUUCAGUGGAGGAAACUACUUCUUCUGGAUACCAAUAGCUGGACCGUAUAUUGGUGCUGUGAUCGGUGCAGUCUUAUACGAAUUGACUAUCGGUAUACAUCUGGAUAGGAAAUCCGACUUCGUUGUGGACUAUGAUUAUGAAGAAUCACAACGCGAUAGUAAGAAGUUGAUGGCGUCUGCAUCACCGUAAUCGUUGACAACCAGAAACAUUCCUCCCACUCCUUUUACUCUAACACUCACACACACGCAAACACAAACACACACUUUUAUUAUCGUUGAUGCAUAACAACCAUUCUCAUUGUUUUCAUCAUUCAGAUUUUUUAAAUAUUUAACAUUGUAAAAUAGUCUGUUGAUUCACAUUUCAUUCAGAUCACUUGAUCAUUCGAUGUUACCAUCUAUGCCAAAAUGCAAGAUAUGCAAAUACACAAUUCAUGUUCUCAAUAAAAUCGAAAAUACACAAUUUGUUAAGUUCACUGAUGAAAGUAUUUGUUUGUUGUUUUUCGGUAGUCUUAUCGAAACACUCUAUCUCAGAACAUUCGGCACAUGGAACACGUUAACAUCUCAGUGGACGUAAUCAGGAAUGUAAUAUUGCUUUAAUCAAUCUUGUGCAUUCUCACUUUAUACCGAAUUCCGUUUACCACUAAACUGACAACUCGGAUCAGUGUAGAUCGACAGUGUGUUUUGUUACACAAUGUGGUAGAACGUUCACAGAUUACCAAUUAGAGAAUUGUGAAGUGUUUGAGAAAUACAAACAAUUGUUCAACUCAUAAAUCGC